GUAACCCAACCUUUGUGAAAAAAAAAGAAGGAAAUUCUGUAAAACCAUCUCAUUGGUCUGUGACCUUUAUGCGGGUGAUCCUAUCAAUAUUUACACGACCGCUCUAGCUAUAAGAUGAACAAACCGCUUUGUAUCACUUGCGCCUUGCUUCCGAGCGAGCGAGCGAAGGCGAUCUCUUCUUCGGAUUAGGGUUUCAGAUUAGUAAGGUUCUCUCGGGGUUCCUCGUGAAAAUGGGUGGAGGGAACGGCCAAAAAUCGAAGAUGGCCCGCGAGAAGAACAUGGAGAAGCUGAAAGCUGCUUCUAAGGGAAGUCAGCUUGAAGCAAACAAGAAAGCAAUGUCUAUUCAGUGCAAGGUAUGCAUGCAAACCUUUAUCUGCACGACGUCUGAGGUCAAAUGCAGGGAACAUGCUGAGGCAAAGCACCCGAAAUCUGAUGUCCACACUUGUUUCCCACAUCUUAAAAAAUGAAAGAAUAAACAAGAAAGAAUACUGUCAAGGCACGCUCUGAUAGCAACCUCCUCGCCUCAUUGUUUAGAUGUGAAUCUUUGCCAUUUCGACUCUGUAGCAGGAUGCAUGAUUUCUUGUCUUGAACUGUGUUUGCACGCUAUUUGGUGUGUUUAUUUAUGGUAUUGCUCCCCAUGUAUCAGAAAAUUGGCUUUGAAUUAAUAUAUUAGUGGUAUAUUUUCCAUGGUCUUGUU